AUGGCCACCCUGCAACUCCAAUCCCUAACCCUCACUCCCUCCUCCUCACUCCCUUCCCUCACCUUCUCUCCUCCCAUUGCCGUCACCGGCCGCCGCAACUCCUCCGCUAUGCCGCGCUGGUCCGGCCUCCGCCUCCGCCUCCGAUCCGUCUUCAGUACCGAUUUUCCGACUCGCAUCACCUCGAGAACUGCUCCUCGCGGUGGACGCAUCGCGUGCGAGGCACGGGAGACUGCCGUCGAAGUGGCUCCUAUUACUGACGCAAACUGGCAGUCACUUGUGCUUGAAUCUGAGUCUCCUGUAUUGGUUGAAUUCUGGGCUCCAUGGUGCGGUCCCUGCCGUAUGAUCCACCCUAUAAUUGACGAGCUGGCCAAGGAAUAUUCUGGUAAGCUAAAGUGUUACAAACUCAAUACUGAUGAGAGCCCUUCAACUGCUAGUCGUUAUGGGAUUCGAAGUAUCCCAACUGUCAUCAUUUUCAAGGAUGGUGAGAAGAAAGAUACAGUUAUUGGAGCUGUGCCCAAGACAACAUUGAGCUCAAGCAUAGAAAAAUUCUUGUGA